AUGUUUGUCCCUCAUAAGCCUUGGUAUUUUUAAAAAUACACUGAUUUCUUUGAUCACGAUGGCACACUUUUGGGAUUCGAAAUUGAUGACCAAGUCUAUAUUUUAGAUGAGUAUGGUGGAUGGGUCGAUUAAUAAGGUUGCUACUAUAAUUCCAAUUGUGAACCUGAUGGUUGGCUAUUGCCUGAUGGAAAAGAAGAAAUAUUGCAUUACGAUUAAAAUAAGAAGCUGAUCAGAUCAUACAGACUUAAAGAUUUAGAUUGGUUGAAUCAAUAAGAUCAAUACAGAAAAAGAAGGUAAUCGGCAGUAAAAUAGAUAGAGAUCUUAGAGAAAUUGGGUUGGGAUUUAACUAAAAUUACAAUAUGA